AUGGAUCCAGCUGCGAACUAUCAAGCUUCCAAGGAAGCGUACGAGCUGCGCCGCGCCUCCCGCGAGGCAAAUCUGCUUGUUCUGCGGGACAGAGAAAAAAAGAUAGCCAAGCGCCGUGCACGUCCGGAGCUUGACAUAGAAGCGCCUGUCCUCCUCCCUCCUCUGACCUACAAACCGGUCGAGACGGCGACAACUCCAGCACAGGCCGAAGACGUCGACGUUGAUGCCGAUGACUGGACAGCCAUCGACGCAGAGGACGUCGCUGAAGCUGAAGCUCAAGCUCUCAACAAGCCUUCUACCACCACAACCACCAUGAACAAACAACGAACAAACGCAACCGAACGGGACGCCAGGGAUGUGCAACUCGUCCGCUUGUACAUCAAGGAGAUCAACAGCGGCAUGCGUCCUGACGCCGUGGCUCGAAAGUACCAUAUCAGCGUCCUCAACAUGGUGGAGUCGAUUGCCAAAUUCGCAGCGCAGAGAGAUGCAGAGGCCAUGAAGGCUGGCACCUAG